AUGGGGAAACGGGGACGACCACCAAAAGAGGUGGUGUCACCGGCGACAACAUCAAACAACAACACUAAAUCAGAUCACAAGAAUACUGAAGCAGCACCAAGCAAGCCAACCGAAGUCCAUCAAGAGGAGAUUGCAGGAUCGCCAUCCAAGGGAAAGGGGGUAAUUGCAGGGCAAACCCUAGAAACCACAAUUGAAGAAAAUGAAUCGAAGAAGCUAUGGAUUGAUGUCAUCAGCGGUAACCGGAAUCCCAGUAAUGGAAAGACUCUCCAAUUCAUUGCGCCUAAGAUGGUUGACGGAAUUGCCGAAGCUGUGAUUGAGGAAGCCGAUGUUGCCAAUGAGGUAAGAUUUUGGGAUACAUCAUUAAUCAUGUAUGUAUUAGGAGGAGAACUAUCUAUGAAUGGUGUCAAACAGUUUAUGCUUAAGCAGUGGAAUUUUGUGAAGCUUCCGGAUAUGUAUUACAACAAUGAAGGAUAUUUUGUAUUGAGAUUCCACUCGCAUAAAGACAGGGAUGAUGUUCUUAUGAAAGGGCCAUACACCAUAAGAAACAUGCCAAUGCUGUUAGCAGAAUGGAAACCAAACUUUAACUUGAAGAGAGACAUGCUUCGAACCAUUCCAGUUUGGAUUCAACUACCGCAAUUGCCUCUGCACUUAUGGGGAACUACCAGUUUGGGGAAGAUUGCUAGCAUUUUGGGCACACCAUUAAUGACAGAUGAAUGUACUGCCAACAUGUACAGAAUUUCCUAUGCUAGAGUAUUGGUAGAGAUAGAUAUCACACAAGAACUCGUGCACGAGAUAACAAUUACUGAUGAGAAAGGCGAGAAGCUGAAACAAAAGAUUGAAUACGAGUGGAGACCGCCAUAUUGCAUGAAAUGUCAAAAAAUAGGGCAUAAGUGUGAAGAGAAAAAACAGAAACCAAUGACUCAAAAGUGGUUACCAAAAGAGAAGAAGGAUAAGGAGGCAAUGUCAGAAAAACCUCUUCAGCAGGUAACUGUUCCAAUUCAGGUGACACCCGUAAAUACCCCUGUACCAACAUCUCCAAAAAAUCAGAGGGAGCAGAUCCAACGCACAGAUGCAGAAAUCCUUCCUUGGACUGAUGUCAAAAGAAAAGGCAGAGAAACCAACAGGAAGACCGGCACGGGCAAGAGCAUAUGCACAUCUCAAUCCGAAGGCAGUUAUGGGAAUCUAUUUGCAACACUUGGGGAUGGAUCAGCCUCAGUGUUUCUCGACGAUGUCCCAUGA